AUGGCUUACGUUUUAACAGAAACUGCUGCCGGUUAUGCUUUAUUAAAAGCUUCCGAUAAAAAGAUUCACAAAUCCGCUACUUUGAUUGAAGACUUGAACACUGCUGAAAAAGUUGCCGAACAAUUCAAAAUUCAUCGUUUUGAAAAGUUCCAAUCUGCUGCUAAUGCUUUGGAAGAAGCUAAUUCUAUUAUUGAAGGUAAAGUUUCUGAAAGUUUACAAAAAUUAUUGGAAGAUGCUAAAAGUGACAAGAAGGCAACCUUGAUUGUCUCUGAAGCCAAGUUGGGUAAUGCUAUUAACAAAUUGGGCUUAAAUUUCCAAGUUGUUAGCGAUGCCGCCUCUUUGGAUUUGCAAAGAGCCAUUAAACAAUUUUUGCCAGAAUUAUUACCAGGUUUGGAUGAUUCUGCUUUAAAACAAAUGUCCUUGGGUUUGGCUCACUCUAUUGGUCGUCACAAGUUGAAAUUUUCUGCUGAUAAAGUUGACACUAUGAUCAUCCAAGCUAUUGCAUUGUUGGAUGAUUUGGAUAAAGAAAUUAACACUUAUGCCAUGAGAUGUAAAGAAUGGUAUGGUUGGCAUUUCCCAGAGUUGGCUAAAAUGAUCACCGACUCUGUUGCCUACGCUAGAAUCAUUUUGACCAUGGGUGUUAGAUCCAAUGCUUCCGAAACUGACUUGUCAGAGAUCUUACCAGAAGAAGUUGAAGAACAAGUUAAGACUGCUGCUGAAGUCUCCAUGGGUACUGAAAUCACCGAAGAUGAUUUGAGCAAUAUCAAAGCUUUAGCUGAACAAAUUGUUGAUUUUGCUGCUUACAGAGAACAAUUGUCCAACUACUUAUCCUCUCGUAUGAAGGCUAUUGCUCCAAAUUUAAGUGCUAUUGUUGGUGACUUGGUUGGUGCUAGAUUGAUUGCUCAUGCUGGUUCAUUGACCUCAUUGGCUAAAGCUCCAGCUUCUACUGUCCAAAUUUUGGGUGCUGAAAAGGCUUUGUUUAGAGCAUUGAAAACCAAACAUGAUACUCCAAAAUAUGGUAUUAUCUACCAUGCAUCAAUUGUUGGUCAAGCCAGUGGUAAAAACAAGGGUAGAAUUGCCAGAACUUUGGCUGCCAAGGCUUCCAUUUCAUUAAGAUAUGAUUGUUUCGAUGAAGAAAGAGAUGAAUCCGAUGAUUUCGGUUUGGAAAACAGAGCUAAAGUUGAAGGUAGAUUAAGUCAGUUAGAAGGACGUGACAUGAGAACCACUUCAAAGGUUGUCAGAGAACAACCAAAGAUUGACAUAACUGAAGCACGUGCAUACAAUGCUGACGCCGAUGCUCCAACUACUGAAGCAACUGCCGCUACUACUGCUGAUUCUGAUGACGAAGAAUCUGAAACCGAAGAAGUUGAAGAAAAGAAGUCCAAGAAAGAUAAGAAGAAGAAAGAAAAGAAAGACAAGAAGAAGGACAAGAAGAGAAAGAGAGAUGACGAUGAAGAAGAAGAAUCAUCCAAAAAACUGAAGAAGGAUAAGAAAGAAAAGAAAGAAAAGAAGGAUAAAAAAGAUAAAAAAUCCAAGAAAGAGAAGAAAUAA